UUUAGAACAAACACCACUUUAUAACCUGUUUCUUUCUCCUGGGAAAUUUUCUUAAAACCUCAAAACCCUAUCUCAGAAAAAAAACAAAAAAAAGAAAAAGGAAAAGAAAAUCCAUGGCGACCAACACCGGCGAGUAUCGCCUCAGCUGCGAACUCCGCGGCCACGAAGACGACGUUCGUGGCAUUUGCGUAUGCGACGAUCUAGGGAUCGCGAGUUCGUCGAGAGACAGAACGGUGAGAUUUUGGACUCCAGAUCCCCAAAAAAAGCACAGAUUUUUGCUGUCCAAGACUUUGGCAGGGCAUUCGAGCUUCGUUGGGCCGUUAGCUUGGAUUCCGGCGAGCGAUCGGUUCGCUGAGGGCGCACUUGUAUCGGGAGGGAUGGAUACACUUGUUUUGCUGUGGGAUUUGAGUCGAGGAGAGGUUGCGGAGACGAUGAAGGGGCAUCAGCAGCAGGUUACAGGGAUUGCUAUUGAUGAUAAUGGAGAUAUCAUCUCUUCGUCAAUUGAUUGUUCAAUUCGGCAGUGGAGGAAAGGCCAAACUGUUGAGUUCUGGGAAGCUCACAAAGUGGCUGUUCAAGCUGUUGUGAAAUUGUCAACUGGUGAACUUGUUACUGGCUCGAGUGAUUCGACUGUUAAGCUUUGGAGAGGAAAAACUUGUUUGCACACAUUUCAGGGUCACACAGAUACUGUUCGGGGUCUUGCAAUUAUGCCUGAUUUGGGUAUUCUGUCUGCAUCACAUGAUUGGUAAAUUAUCCUUCAAGUGUGUUUUA